UGCUGAUAUCUCUGACACUGUUUGGAAAGGCUACAAGCUGGUCCCUGGUAUCAAAAAAAAUUGAAAAACCCUCAUUUAUGUAAUCACUCUGGCCUGUCCCCUUACUUCCAGCUCUCUAGAGAACAUCCCACAGUCUGUUGUCCCUUGUUCCUUUGUGUGCAUGCCCUCUGUAUGCUGAUACAAAUGUGGGUAAAUAGCAUCAAAGGUGUGAGGGGAGACACAUUUGUAAUGGCAGGAAAGCUGCUGCAUGAACACAAACUGAAUCCUGAAGAAGAGGUCUGUAUGCUUGAAAGCUUGUCUCUCUCACCAUCGGAAGUUGGUCCUCACCUACCUUGUCCCUUCUAUGUAACUUCUAAGUGAAAUAAGGUGACUCGUGCCUCUCUGAGUCCUAGUGCGGACUAGGAGGGAACAUUUUCAAAAAGUGUCUGUGACUUAGGCCCUCACUAUAUUCAGUGGGUAUUGGGCUCUUAAGCACCUACCAACCUCUGCACUUUAUAGGGCCAAGUGCACUAUAGUGCAAAUUGCAGCCUUAACUCCAGCCAUGUUUGUUUUAGUUUGAUUUUUUUCUUACUCCAGCAGAGAUGGCCUUUGAGCAUUGAAGGUAAAUGCAAAAGGAUUUACUUCAGAAUGCCAUACUUCUGCUGACCCUUAGCAUGUCACUACUAUACAACUAGCUAAUUUGGUAGCUUCAAAGGUUUUUAUAGUAAUGUGUGUAUUUCCACCUCACUGUUCUGCAUAAGUGUCCUCAUUGAUAUAUACUGGCCACUCUGCAUUACUGAUUACACUUUUCUCAUUUUUAAUUUAAUAUUCCACUCACCAAAAAUCCAAAGUGAAUUUGGUUGGGUGUACACAAUGAGUGGCAACAUAGCAAUUUUAAAAAUUCAUGGCUUAACCCCAUUAGAGGAAAGCUUCGGUUCCUAGUAUGUUUCCACACUUAUUAAUUGUGUUGAUGAAGUUCUUAGAUCUUGUUUUACAGAAUGUUUUCUUGUCUUUUUAUUCCUUCUCCUCCAGUUGAUGCUUUGGAUCCAGAUAAGUUAAUACAAUGUCCGUAUGAUCGCUAUCACCAAAUCCGAGCCUGUCGGUUUCCCUAUCAUCUUGUAAAGUGCAGGAAGAGCCACCCUGAUAUUGCAGAGCAGCUAGCCACAUGCCCCUUUAAUGCCCGCCAUCAGGUUCCCAGAGCUGAGAUCAGGCAUCACAUAUCAAGCUGUGAUGACAAAAGCUGCAUUGAGCAAGACAUUGUGAGUCAGUCGAAUAACUGCCACAGAGAGAUGACGAACACUGUCAGCAUGUGGCAGCCGUCCCCAUGUGACGAAGACUGGGAUAAAGAGCUACAGGAGCAAUCAAAUUCUGUGUUCGUUUGGGGCACGUUCAAUAGUGGCAUAAACAACAGCCCUGGGUCCAGCGUAGUGAUGGAACCAAAGAAUAACCUAAUGCCAGGCAUGAGAGCACCCAGGUCCUUGCCAUAUAGCCUAUUCUGGAAAAGCACGGCAGCCCAGGGAAUGACACUGCUGCAGUCGAGCCACCGCUCUGCUCCGGGGGGUGCACGGAGACGCCGGCCACCGCUGUAUCUGUGCUCUGAAGUCGGUCCAGCGGAGCAGGGAGGCGAGGAUGACGCUGGGCCCUCCCCCGCGGAGGGGGCUGAGGGAGUGGCAGGACCAGGAGGCAAAGGAGAGACUUUGGGUUAUUGCCCCCCUUCCCAUGCUUAACCCUCAACCCUCUCCCCUCUUUCUUCUUUCCCCUCUGUGAAUUAUCACUAAUUCAAAAUAGUAGUGUACAAGUUGACUGUAUAAUGGUAAUAGCAUAAUCUCUUGUAACAUUCUAAACAAUACUACCUGAUUUUUAUAUUAAACACUUACUAUACAUCAUACAAUAAAUCCGACAGAAAAAAAAAAUG